AUGACUUUAAACAUUAUAAUUAACCUACCAAAUCGUCCAUCCAUUUGCAAAAGUCUAAACUAUAAUAUAAUAGCUGAUUCAAAUGUCAAAUUAGAAUGCUUGAGCCUUUUAUCUUCAAUUAAUAAUACUUACAAAAGUAUACCUACAAACGUGCUAUUUGAAAUUGUAAAAUCUGCGACAAAAAUUGAUACAGAUUUUAGGUUAAUCAUUGAUGGAUGUGAAAUAAUUAACAAUCAAACUUAUUUUUAUUUGCAAUGGUGUGAAUUUAUUACUGUAACUGUCCUUUAUAAAUUGCUUGGUGGCAAAGGAGGUUUUGGUGCCACAUUACGUGGAGCCAAGGGAAGGAAAAAAACUUCAUUUAACAUUGAUUCUUGUAGAGAUUUGCAAGGUAGAAGGAUUCGACAGACAAGAUUGGCUGAGCAGAUCAACAAAUGGAAAGAAUCUAAUUUGACUAAAGAACAAUUAGAGAUCCUAAAAACUACUUCAUCAAAUCCCACCUCUUACCCAGAGCCCAUAACAAAUUCCAAGGGAUAUAAAGUUCAGUUUUCACUGAAGGAAAAGAGAAGGAGAUUGAUCGGAAAAUUGGACGAUUCUUAUAUGAAUAAAAAGGAUAUUGCUAUUAAUUCAAUUGUACCAAUUGACACUACCAAAUCGCAGUCGGAUGAAAAUAAAGAAACCUCACAUGUCGCGGAGGAUAUGAUUAAUUAUGUAGAAACGGAACUAAAUUCCCUUUAUGGUACAGGUACUAGCACUUCUGCCUCAAUUACCAGUGUUAAAGUCCCAACUGUUAAAUCGCCAGUUGGUAAUUGUGACAAAAUGUCACUGGGAGCCAAACUAACCGCCGCUCUUAUCAAGAAUUAA